UGAAAAGACACAGCAGUUUUUGGGUCUUGGUUUCCUGGGACAUGGUAGAUUUGCAUAUAUCCUUGGUGGACCUGGCAGGUGGCCCUCUGGGGCAGUGACCUUCACAAGCUGGUGGCUGCCGCAGUGAAGGGCAGAAGCGGGCUGUACGUCAGCGAUUCCCGGGAACUGCACAUCCCUUCUGUGGACUGAUUUGCUUACUACCUGUUUGCCACCCUCUUGUGUGUACAAGUCAUGUCUUAGAACUUAACCACACUUUCCUCUAUGGACCCUUCUUCAGCCUCCAAUUACGGGGCUGGGCCGAGGGGUGGGUUAGAGUGUACCCAGUCCUUCUGUUCCGGUACUUGGUGUCUUGUCGACGUUUAUCCCGUCGCGCAAGAGUGGUCGUCAGUGGGUUUUUCCAGUUCGUGCCCUUCCACUCUAGGCAGCUAGGCCAGAGCCUGGCGCACGGAAGGCCGAAUUUCGGUGGACAAUGGCACAGGCACACCCCGACAUGGGUGUCUAGGGGCGCUUUGCACUCUCAAGGAGUAAAAGUCUCGAUGUUUUUCCCGACCCCAGAGCGGGUGGUACCUUUCCAGGGACGCAUCCCUCCCCUCAGCCCCCGUCACCCCUCGCCCCUCCAGCCUCCUGGACCCCACCUCCUUCUGUUCACCUUCUACAGUGGGCGGGCCCUCCGGCCUUCUCGCUCGUCCAUUGGCGGUAGCCACCUCAUCGUCUAGCCCCUCGCGGCGCUACCAUUGGUUUGCGCUGAGCACACGUGACCAGGAGGACGAGGGGGCGGUGGCGUUGGGGGGGGGGUCCGCAGCGAAAACAAAGAUGGCGGCCGCGCCGGGGUUGGUGGCCGGGACGGCUACGGGCCGACGCGCGGGCCAGGCCCACUGAGGCAGCGGCGCAGCGGGCAGGUUGCAGGGCCGCCGCGGCAGCGAGAAGCCGGCAGGGGCGCGCGGCGACCCUAACUUCCAGCCGGCGAGCGCGCCGGCACCCGCCCGCCGGGCCGGCCGGACGCGAUGUCCGGCGCCGAGGAGGCCGGCGGGGGUGGCCCGGCUGCGGGGCCCGCGGGUGCCGUGCCGGCCGGGGUCGGGGUAGGGGCCGGGCCUGGGGCUGCCGCGGGGCCGGCUGCGGCGGCUCUGGGCGAGGCGGCGGGGCCCGGGCUCCCGGACGAGGCGGGCCUGGCCGGCGCUCGGCAGCUGCAAGAGGCGGCCGGCGACCCUGACGCGCCGCCCAAGAAGCGGCUGCGGGCGGCCGAGGCGGCCGAGGCGGCGGCGGCGGCGGUGGCAGCAGGCAGCGGGAAGCUGGAGGAGCGGCUGUACUCGGUGCUGUGUUGCACCGUGUGCCUGGACCUGCCCAAGGCUUCCGUGUACCAGAAUUUUCUUUUUUCAAUACUGAGGAUUGAACCCAGGACCUCAAGCUUGCUAGCAGAUGCCCGGCUGAAGGAGGAGCAGGCCACAUGUCCCAACUGUCGUUGUGAGAUCAGUAAGAGCCUCUGCUGCCGGAACCUGGCCGUGGAGAAAGCUGUGAGCGAACUGCCUUCAGAGUGUGGCUUCUGUCUGCGUCAGUUCCCUCGCUCCCUCCUAGAGAGGCACCAGAAAGAGGAAUGCCAGGACAGGGUGACACAGUGCAAGUACAAGCGUAUUGGCUGCCCGUGGCAUGGCCCUUUUCAUGAGCUGACAGUGCAUGAAGCUGCAUGUGCUCACCCAACCAAGACAGGCAAUGAGUUGAUGGAGAUCCUAGAUGAGAUGGAUCAGAGCCACCGCAAGGAGAUGCAACUCUACAACAGCAUCUUCAGCCUGCUCAGCUUUGAGAAGAUUGGCUACACAGAGGUUCAGUUCCGGCCUUAUCGCACUGAUGACUUCAUCACACGCCUGUACUAUGAAACACCACGGUUCACAGUACUGAACCAGACAUGGGUCCUGAAGGCUCGUGUGAAUGACUCGGAGCGCAACCCCAACCUGUCGUGCAAGCGCACACUUUCCUUCCAGCUACUCCUCAAGAGCAAGGUCACAGCGCCCCUGGAGUGUUCUUUUCUUCUGCUCAAGGGCCCAUAUGAUGAUGUGAGGAUCAGUCCUGUCAUCUACCACUUUGUCUUCACCAAUGAGAGCAACGAGACGGACUAUGUGCCGCUGCCCAUCAUCGACUCUGUGGAGUGCAACAAGCUGCUGGCUGCCAAGAACAUUAACCUGCGGCUCUUCCUGUUCCAAAUACAGAAGUAGGCUGGGCCCAGGACGCCUGAGGAGCAGAGGGCUGCAGUCCAGUAGUGCUGUCCCACCUCCCUGGCUUGGCGCAGCUUCGCACAACUAUGAUCAUUUUAGCAAAGGAGGAGAACAAACAAAAUCAAACACUGAGAAAGUCUGCAUGCGUGUGCAAUGGGGUCCCCGCCUCUGGCUCACCUUCCUCCCCUUUGCCUCCCACCUCCUGCAGGCAGCCAGAGGCUGGGCUGACCACAGUGGAAACAGUACUCUGGGCUCCUCAGGCACAGGUGGUGAGGAGGGCAAGAAGCCAACCACCCUUACCCCAGCUCCCAUCCUUUCAUGGAGGUGGCACGGUGGUUCUCUGGCCAGGCUCAGGGGCUCUGGCUGACUUCAGACAGCAUAUUUGAUUGCAAUUAAAAAGGCAGCCUUGUUUCCUACUUUCUGUUUUGUUGGAGGGGAAGGUGUGGCUGUGAAUGGACCUCAUGGGAGAUUUGGUUUGGCCCAGUGGUCAGAACCUGUCCUGUCCCUGAUACUGCACCUAUGUGUGCACCCCAGGAGAGACUUAAGAGACACUGCCUCCCCCACAGUCUUAUCAGAGGUUGGGACUAAAGCCUGGCCAGUGAGCCAGAGGGUUGGGCUUCCCCAGCUGCCACUCAGAGGAAGCAGGACUUGGCUAGUAGGGCUCAGCAAAUGUUUUCGGAAUGCAGGGUGAAAUUCUGUCUCUUCGAGGAAAAAAUGAAACUCUACAGGCUCUUUAAGUGAUGUGAUUUUAGCGAGAAAUAACCCAUUCGCUUAACUCAGCAUAGAGGGCCAGGUGUCCUCAGGGUGCCAAGGAGGCAGCCCUUGUCUGUGAGACCUGCAUUUAAUGGUGGCAGGGGCACUGCAGGACCAAGGCAGAGCAGCAUGGUUUAUCGCCUAGGCAAGGUCGGCCUUCCCCUUGCUGGGCCAUUCACAGAUUCUCUGAGUUGUGGUUGUAAGCAGGACAAGUAUUAGGGCCUCACAGAAUAUGAAGCAGCCACGCUGGAUAGGGCUAGGCCCCGAUUCUCUCUUCCUUGGGUUCCUCAGAGAUACUGAGAAAGGUAGGACUUGCCUCCUUCUGUCUUUGCUUAGGAGAUGAGGCUCUUCUAUCAUAGCUUUUUGUUGCUUUAAUACCAAAGAACCGGUUUCCUCUGCCCUAACCAGACCUCCACAUGCCUCAAAGUAGUUCCCACCAUCCCAUGCAAACUGCCUGGGCCUGAACUGUCCUGUACCGUCCAAGUUAAGGGACAGGGUAGUCUUGGCCAUGUGGGUGCAAGUACUAAUGUUCCACCCAUCCUGACCUUCAAGAGGGCAAAGAGCUGAGAAAUGAAGAGAAGGAACUGUGACGCGAGGUAUAGGUCCCAUCUGUUUUCCUGAAUACGGCCAGUGUGGCCCUUCUGCCUUCUCAUAGGCUGAGAGGUUUUCAGCAUCUGUUUGGCUUCCUGCAUGGGGCUUGUGGGAGUUCUCCUGCAAACAUGACCAGGCUGGGAGGGGUAAGAAGGCCAAUAUUUGGCUUCUGCCUACUAUGAAGGACCCCAUGCCAGAUCCCAGCACAUCUAUGGGAGCAGAUGCAGCUCCUUGAUUUUCUCUGCCUUUAGGGGCAGCCUCUCAAGCCUGCUCAGCUAUCAGGCAUAGAGGAUCUUUGGAAAACAGAGGAGGCUCCUCUAGAAGUCCCUCUAGAUUCUAAGGUGUUAGUAUGAAAAGGCAGGGCAAGGCCAGCUUGCCCUAAUAACCUGUGUCUAGAUGUGUGAGAGACUGAUUCACAGAAGGUAGCCUGAAAGUCUCCUGGGGAGAAACAGGAUAGGAGGCUUAUUCCCCCACGGGCACAAGCCAGCAGGGACGCUGUGCAUGAGAGUGAAGCUGGGCUGGCAGGGGCUCAGAGACAACAGUUGAGCUCUGGGUAUCUGUGGAGAUGAAAGGCAUACCCCAAGGCACAGGUAGGGCUGGGGCCAUACCCAGCUGAGAUCCACCUAGGGGUGGGGGUGUCCAAGAGUUCCCAGGACUACAGCAGCCUCCUAGUGACAUGCUCGGUGUGGCCGCUACACUAUGACAUGUGCAGCUGUUGAGCCUUCUAACCUAGAGGAACCAGACAUGGAGAAGACUAGUAUGUCUCUUGGCUCUGCUAGGGACUGGCAUACAGACCUUCAGCAUCGUCACUAUGAGCUCUUGGGGGGGGGGGAGCACCAUAUCUCCAGGCUUGUGUCCAGAGUCUUGUUAUCUUGCUGUCCUAACCUGGCUCUUUUUCUGUUGUCUCUGAGGAUGGGAGAGGGGUUCAGCCUCAGUAGGUGUUGGGGAGGCUGCCAGAGGGGGUUGCAUAGGCCAAGCCAGGCCUCCCCCCUCCGCCUGUCUCAUCCCCACUUCCUGUGAGCACCACAUUUGCCCAAAGUGAGACAUUUACAAAACAAUAAAAAUAAUUUUCUAAUGAGCAGAGCAAGAAGUGUUUUUAUGAUUGUUGGAAAUGACUUACAUGUCAGUUCUGCCGUUUGCAUUUUCUUUGAGUAUUUUCUGUAUGUACCUGUAGUUAAAAAAAUAAUUCCAAACCA